CUGCUGCCUUCCUCUGGGAUUUAUUUGAUGAAACACAAACGUGGCAGAUUUCUGAUGUCUGUGGCUGGAAUCAACAGAAUUCCACUGGCAGGACGAGUGCAGUUAGGAAAUGAACAUCACGAGAGUUCCUCCUGCGUUCAACACUCAGACGACCGGACUACCAGUCGACCUCGCCGUGUGUCUGAGCCAACGACGCCCACUUCACCACCUCCUGGCUAUGAAACCUAGCUUUGAGUCGACGAACAGUCUGCAGAGAAACAGCUUCCACUCUUCUCAUCUCCCGUCCACGGAACCCGGGCGCUGUUUCCAAAAAGACGGCGGCCUCAACAAGAAGCGCGUGGUCUUCGCAGACGCCAAGGGACUGGCGCUGACCGCCGUGCGUCUAUUCGUGCCCGAUACUUCAAACAAAUCCCACCGCCACAAGUGCGGUCCGGUCUUCCCUCAACCCACCCUCCACUUUCCCGCCUUCUCGCCACGCCCACCGGAGACGCACGUGCGGUUGGAAAGCUGCAGCGUUUCCGAGCGCUGCAUGAGUGGCAAAGUGCACGUCUUCCACGGCGGCGGCGACAGAGCAGUGCACGUUAAGGUGACCUUUGACUCCUGGUGGCACCAUUACGACGUGCCGUGCGUCUUCCUGCAACGACGGCGUUGCCGCGGUUACGACGUGGAUGUUUACGCCUUCGACUUGUGCAUACCUCGGAACGUAGAGCCGAUGGACGGGACGGAGUUUUGUGUGGUGUUCAGACCAUCUCGGCCACACUGGGACAACAACAGAGGGCAGAACUACAAAGUCCACAAUGCCAAACAGCGGCCGUCAUCCUGGCUUUCUUCCACGGACGUCUUAAGAACAGGUCCACAUGACGAGUCCGAGUGGGUUGGCAAACAUUGCAUGAAGACGCUUCGUUCAACAGAGCUGCUCGCACAUGCAAAUAAUCUACAAUAUUUAUAAUCCCAUAUUUGAUUUAGAUUUUUUAAUUCCUCGGUGCAAAACAUGUCCCCUGCUGUA